CAACUCCUCAGAUGAUGGAGCAGUGCUCAUCAUGAACGGCCUCGCCAACGGACAUGCAAAUGGACAUGCCACGAAUGGCAAUGGUAUUGACCAGCGGGAUCAGCCGCCUCACCAAAUGUUCCGCCUCGUCAGCAAAUCGUCGACAGGCACAGCAGUGAGCACCGCAGGAAACACAGCAGCUCGUCUAGGACGGCUUGCAUUGCCGCGUCGCAGGAUUGUGGACACGCCUCAUUACCUCGCCAACACGAGCCGUGGCGUGGUGCCACACAUCUCCCAGGACACCUUCGUUCGUGACACCGACAUCAGCGGCAUCUACGUGGCUCUGGAGGACUUCAUCGAGAAGGCGCCUCACGAUGUGCCACCAAUCUACCAAUACCGCCCUCCCAAUGGCGCCUCGCCAUUGAGGAGCUUCAUCGCCGCGCCCGAAGAUGCCAUGCUCGUCCUGGGUGCAAGACGCGCCUCGCCGGUCCCUGCGCCAGAAGCCACGUCGAACACGAGCAAGACGGUCUCUAUCUGCACCGCCGUGGGCUUCCGCGCCCUCAAAGCUGAGGACUACGCGGAGAAAGCAGAGAGUGUACAGGCGGACAUCGUUGUCGGCCUCGGUGACAUUCCUUACCAGCGCGCUCUCGGCAACAAAAGGAUCGAGAAAGCUACAGACCGGACCAUAGCAUGGCUCGAAGACCACGUCUUCCGGCGGCGGUCGAAGGGCAAGCCUGCUCAAGCCAACUUGUUCGCCUCGUUGCUGCCUGUUUCUUGCGCAAAGCAACAAUCUUACGUGGACGAGCUUGUUGGACAGUAUGCGGAACACAUCUCAGGCUUAGCAAUAUAUGAUAUUGAUACGCUUGGGGAUCUGCCCGAGCAGCUUCAUCACUUACCACGUCUGAGCUUCGCCUCGCCAGCAACACCGCAAGACAUACUUCAACAAGUACACCUGGGACUAGACAUAUUUGUCGUUCCUUUUGUUGGAGCAGCGACAGAUGCUGGCAUUGCGCUCGAUUUUAGUUUCGGCUCGCAAGCACUUCUUGUAUCGAAUGGCACCAAGCCCACUACCAACGGGAAUGGAAACGGGCACUUGCACACUGAACCUCUACCCCUUGGCCACGACAUGUGGUCAACAGAUCAUGCCGUGGAUCUCUCGCCAUUCUCAAAAGGCUGCCAAUGCUAUGCUUGCACCAAUCACCACAGAGCAUAUCUGCAACACCUACUCGCUGCGAAGGAGAUGCUGGGAUGGGUUUUGCUGCAAAUCCAUAAUCACCACGUCAUGGAUUUGUUCUUUGCCAGCAUACGUGAAAGCAUUGCCAGCGAGACUUUCGAUGACGAUGUGAAAAGCUUCACACAGAAGUACGAAAGUCGACUGCCUGCGAAGACCGGCCAGGGACCAAGAAUUCGAGGCUAUCAGUUCAAAUCUCAGGGACCAGGAGAACCCAAGAAGAACCCCAAAAGUCAUGCGCCGUUCAAAAUACUCAACGAGGCCCAGGAAAAGCUUGCAGAAGCUACAGUUCCAGAUCCGGAUACCAAUGCGGAUGACUUGCAGACCCAAGGCUUUGCUGCGAAGGAUGGCUAGCAGCUUCCUCGACUGCGCUGCUCUUGGCGUCCAAAGAAAAAGAAGAUCCCCGUCUAACGACGAGAAUCGCUGGCCACCGAAGCUGACUGCAAGUGAUCAAAACUUGGACAGCCAGCAUGAGCAUGAUGCGACCUUUGUCAGCGAAUUGAAACUGCUGCACGUCUGUGGAUCCUGUGUCCGCAUAGUAGGUGUCGGCAGAUGGAGCCUACCAUCAAAAUUGCGCACAUUCAUAUAUACUGACAGAGCAGUAUGCGUAUACAGCGCCAGAUAUGUUAUAUACCACGAUUGUAAAUGAGCCGUGCCAA